AUGGAGCCUCACAAUCUCACCAUGAGCGCCAGCACCCAUGUCGUUCUCAACCUGGUACAAGCAAAUCCAGCCGUGGCCGGUCUAGCAACUACUUCAAUACUCAUAAUUUCCAUAAUCUUGCUAUUUGGCGGGCCCGCCUCAAAUCACAAACACGGCAUCACCUCACCCCCGUCCAUGCCAGCUUACUGGCUUCCCUUUUUCGCACACGCCUUCCAAUUCUUUUUCAACAAGGAUGGAUUCACGGCAAAACUCAAGAAGCGAUACCCCGAAGGCAUCUUUUCCGUCACCAUGUUGGGCAAAAGACACCACGUCAUUCAUGAUCCCUCCAUCAUGAUCAACUUUUGGAAUCGGCCGAGCUGCUCGUCGGGGGAGAAGUGGACUGCCGCCCGCGCCCUGACAAAAAGCUUCGGUCUCCGCAAGCAAGAUCAGAUCACCUACAGCAACCUUGCAUACGAGACACCGGAUCUGUUCAAACACAUGUUAUCCGAGCCUGGCCUGAGCGAAUUCGUCGAUGGCAUCGUCGAUGGCGUCAAGGCUCACAUAGCCGAAUUCGUUACCUUCAACUCAUCCGUGGCCGACCAGAGUGAUUGGGAGAGGUCCGCAAGGGUUGACGUGGUGCAAAACUCGAAAGGCGAGGCGUUUGUCGAAGCUGAUUUGAUGUCGUUGGUGCGCAAUUUUGUCGCCAAGACUGCAAAUCCUGCGCUCUUUGGAACCGACUUUGUCGAGAACUUUCCCGAAUUUUGGGAUCUGCUGUGGAUGCUGGACGAUGGGUUCCUUUCUCUUGCCACAGGGGUGCCGGCAUGGGUACCCUGGCCCAAGAUGCAGCGUGCAAAAGUCGCCAGACGAAAGUUGAUUGCGAGAGGUCGUGAGUUCGAAGAGGCCAUGGACAAGUACUUGGAUGGAGAGGACCCAGGAAGCAAAUGGCAAGAUAUGGAUAAUGUCAGCACAUUUGUUAAAUCACGCAUCGGCGUAUUUCGAAAAGGUGGCCUGUCUGUACAAGCGCGAGCUACUUGUGACGUCGCCCUGGCCUGGGCAAUGAACGCGAAUGCAAACCAGUUGACGUCGUGGUUGCUCUUCGAACUCUACAGAGACCCUGUUCUUCUUGAAACAGUACGCGAAGAGAUCGCCCCUUUUGUCAAGAUUGUCCAGCCUCAGAACGAGUUUGGUUCGGGGGUAUGGAUCGCGCCCGAGCUCGAGAAGCUUGACAUGAACGGUCUGAUCAACGAGUGUCCUCACCUCAAGGCCGCUUACAUUGAAACCAUGCGCGUAUACACUAGCGUCUGGAUUGUCAAAUGGCUGGGCGAAGAUGUGGUCGUGGAGCCAAGGGGCAAAAGUAGAGAAUCGUAUUUUCUCCAGAAGGGACACAUGGCUCACAUAGCUCACGAGAUGCAUCAGUUCGAUCCAAAAUACUUCCCUAACCCCAAGGAGUGGCAUCACGAUAGGUUCCUGAAAGACGCCAAGGACACUGCUGGUCGCAACGUACAAGUCGUGGAGAUGGGUACCCUGAGGCCCUUUGGCGCCGGUCCAACCAUGUGCAAGGGGCGCGCCAUCGCGCUCCGCGAAAUGCUCUUUUAUACGGCCAUGAUAGUCUCCUUUUACGACAUGGUUCCUCCAGAGGGGCAGAGAUGGGAAGAGCCGGGGCUGUCUAAACGCGCCGUCACGAAACAUCCGACGAAACCCAUCAAGGUGUGGAUCAAGAGGAGAGAUGUAAAGUCAUGA